AAAUCAUCACAACACAAACAAUCUCUAGCUAGACACUAGCAGAACAAAUAAACCAGUCCGUGCACUCAGCAUCCCAGCUCCACGUUCUGUGCAGUUUCAAGGCCGGCAUACAAACCCCCGAGCAGUAUGGGUAUGGCUCCAGCUCGAGUUCUUGGAUUCGUGUCGCUCGCAGUCGCCUGCAUGCUGGCCAUCAUGGCCGCCGCUGGUGACGCCGCCACCAGCACUCCGUCGUCUCCGACGCCGACCACCGGAUGGCUGAAGGCGCAUGCCACGUUCUACGGCGGCGCCGAUGCCUCUGACACCAUGGGAUUGGGCCCCUAUUCCGCGAGGGCCCUCGGCCGUCGCACCUCCUGCCCUUCCCUUAGGGCCGGCACUGGCGACCGCAAAAGAGCCAACCCCAGGUUCUGCAAGCCUGGCGUCACAGUCACCAUCACGGCCACCAACUUCUGCCCGCCCAACUCGGCGCUGCCCGACGGCGGCUGGUGCAAUCAGCAGCGCCCGCACUUCGACAUGGCGCAGCCGGCGUUCGAGAAGAUCGGCGUCUACACCGGCGGCAUCAUCCCCGUCAUGUACAAGAGGGUUCCUUGUGUGAAGCGAGGUGGGGUGCGGUUCACAAUCAAUGGUCACGACUACUUCAAUCUCGUACUCGUGACCAAUGUUGCAGGAGCUGGCUCCAUCAAGUCAAUGGACGUCAAGACCUCCAACUCCAAUAGUUGGAUACCAAUGGCACGCAACUGGGGUGCGAAUUGGCACUCUCUUACGCACCUUACUGGACAGAUGCUCUCAUUUAGAGUAACGGACACGGAUGGACAAACUAUUGAAUUCACAAACGUUGUGCCACAAGGAUGGAAGUUUGGCCAAACGUUUGCAUCCAAGUUACAAUUCAAGUGAGCUCCGUACGUGCAGGAUUUCGAGUGACCCAAAUAGUUGCGCACUUGUGGGAGUAUAUAUGAUUCGAAGACGCUCAAAAUGUAUGCAUGCAUGUAUGGAGUUGCUGGAGUCGUACACUAUAUAUAUAUAGACAUGCAUUACUUGUA